AUGUCAUCCUCUCCUCCAAUUACUCAAUAUCCUGAGACUUCUAAGCCUUCUCCUACGGUUUCUCCCCAACUACUCCCCACUGCUACUCCCGACGACGUCUUCAACUCGCUCGGUUCCUGGGAGGACUACGCCAAGGAGAACAACAUCCGUGCCGCCAAAAAACGACGUCGUCAGAUUCCACGUCUUCGCGAUGAGUCGGAAUGGAAGGAGCCGUCGAUCACUCAAGUUCACCUGGUACCGAAUCCAUUUGUUGUCAAGGAUGUGGAUUCGGAUUCUGAAUCAAAGAAGAUUCAAAUAAAACGUGUCUGCUUCAAUGCUACUAUCUCUUUUCAUUACUAUUGA